AUGUUCUCCUUCAUGAGACUCUGUUUUGUCCUGCUUACGGCUUGGACAACUUCAGUUGCGGCCGAUUUUGCGCUAUAUGAAAAUUAUGAUGCGGACGCCUUGAUUGCUGCGCUCUCUCUGAGUAGUACGUGUCUUGCAGCACUGAACACCACCGUUUCUUGUAAUGGAACAGCUAUUGCCCUAUUAGGCCACGGGGCAGACAUCCACUUUUGGACGACUUCUGAGGUAGAGAAUUUCUGCACGACAGACUGUACUUCGUCCUUGAGUUCCUGGAAGGACAAUGUUGAAACAGUCUGUGCAGAAGAGACUACUCUCCAGGGCAAUGUCGUGGUCAAGGCGAGAGCGCUCCCACUGACAUUUACCUUUAACUCCGAUCUUGUAUGCAUGCAGGACAGUUCCUCGAAUUGGUGUUUUGUUGAGUCUCAGACAUGGCAAGGAAGUGACUAUAUUCGUUGGGAUCCAACAAUGUGCUUCCCCGAUGGUGAUGACAACAGUACAGUCGCGUCGCAAUGUGACGAUCCCGAUUUUGACGUUAGUGAUAUCGAUGAUGAGAUGGCCGCUCUGACCAAUAUAUAUGACGAGGAAUUGUACUGCAAUGAGUGCUUCUUGCAACUCUACCGCCAACGUCUCCUGAAUCCCUGGCUGCCAGUCACAAAUUUCACAGAUUAUUUAAUCGACCAGUUUGACCUUGUUCAAACGAACUGCUCAACAACGCUGCCUUACACCACUUCAGCCUCUACCUUAUACGUAGGGACGGCAACUGCUACUACUACAACCGGCGCAACGACGACAGGUUCCUCCGCAGUAGCUACAGCGACUUGCCUGGGUCAAAUGGUGCAGCCGCUGCAGAACUGGCUCACCUGCAAUGAUCUUUGCGAUAUGUACAAUAUAUCAACGGGUGACGCUAGAGUUGUCACUGGAGAUGAUGCUUGCUAUUUCAACGAAGCUACCUGCUUCCCCCUUCCAUGCGAGAUCGAUACGGUUUGGGAUGGACCAAGUUGUGACGAUCUUGCCACGAGAUAUUCCAACUCGACAUACGACAUAGCCACCUCUCAAUUCCUUAGCUGGAACAGCAAUAUCCAGGGAAGUUGUUCAGGUGUUGCACCAGGACAGCGUGUUUGUAAAGGUGCUCCUGGAGGAACUUUUCUUAAACCCAACGCGACCAUCACGGCGCCCGGCGCAACCGGCCAGGCUACUUACUACACAUCAACCACUGCAGCCUACCCGACCCAAAGCGGAACCAUCGACGAGUGUGGCGAAUACUAUCUCGUUGUAGCCGGCGACGACUGUUCUACCAUUGACUUGCGCUUCGGCCUGAACUUCAGCCAGUUGCAAGAGUACAACACGUAUCUUAACUCCACCUGCGGCAACCUGUGGCUUAAUUACGACAUUUGCAUCGCCCCUGUCACAGCUCAGACAGCUUCGAAGGACGGUACGUGCCCUCCAGGGGUAACCUGCGAAGGAAGCGCGUUUGGCGACUGCUGCUCGCCAUUUGGCUACUGCGGAACCGGUUCAGAUUAUUGUGUCACCACAACCAACGGCACGGCGACGUCAGACGGCACCUGUGGGCCUGAUUAUGGGGGUACGACUUGUAUUCCCCAGUUCGGAAACUGCUGCAGUAUAUACGUAAGUGAUGCGAUAUCUCUUCAUGCGCAUACUUCCUAUCCAGUAUAG